AUGUCUCCUUCACCUCCAGGCGAUGGCCGUAGUCGCGUCCGAUGGGGAGAAGUAGAAGAAUAUCCGCUUCCUCGACCUGUGAGAGUUGCACCACGUCCAAGGCCCAGCUCCCGCUAUGAACCAGCAUCUAGGCCAUAUCCGCGAAGGUCCACGGAUGAUCAUGUCGGCAUGCGACGGAUGGCUUACACAGAAUCAGAAUGGGAGAUGCCUGCCACUAGACCACCACCCAGAGCAUACACUGAGUCUCCGCGCCCAAUUGAGAACGAUAGCGACGAUGAGAGGGAAGGGCCCAGGCCAGGACGAUCCGGUCCUGGCAUGAGAAGUAACAACAAAGUUUGUUACGUUGAAGCGAGUCCAUCAAUAUCACCUGAUCCCCAGUACAGAAGGCCUCGUUAUAGUCCUACACACGACACAUAUCGCUUUCGCGAGACUUCCUCUUACCCCCACUCCCGUGCAGCUGACAGCGACUGGUACUCGAGACCAAGGGCAGACAGCUUCUCGAGUGACGACUUCGAUCCAUACGACAAAUUCGAUUUCUCUAGUCAGACUCAAUCUAUCGUCAUUGAGUCGUCAAAGGGCGAUGAUUCUGACGCUGAAACCCCCGAGUCUGAAGAGCGUGUUACUCUUGCUAAGGAUGAAAAAGGAGGCAAGACAAGCUCUCAGCUGGCUUUUGUUGAUUCUUCGGUCUAUACUGGUAACGCUGAGAUGGGGAGCUCUCAUACUGCGACCUUGAAUGUGGUUCAUGACUUGAACAUGCAGAAACAGCCCCUAUUCAGAUGGCUGCAUGUCCCUCAGGAUGUCAUGAACUUUGAAGACUUCUGGGUCGAGAUUAGUCGCAUCUCUGGGCUUACUGAACUAGAGAAAAAGGCCAUCUCACGGCUUCGCGCAGACGUAAAAAAGAACUGUGUGAAAACAAGGACUAAUCCCAAAGGUGCAAAAGUUGGUUACUUGGAGCCCAAAUGCAUUGAAGUACCCUUAAAAUCACUCAAGCAGGAAGCACCAACUACAGAGAUAGUCACUGGAUCCGCGAGAUGGAUUUGUAUACCCUACUUCUCACUUCAACAGUAUUCAGGUCUACUCGCAGCUUCCAGUGCAUCUGUAUUUCCAGCUCAGACUUUGCUACAGUCUCAGUACUCAAGAAACACUGUGGCAAGGGAUAUGGAGCAGGCUGUCGUUCGACUAGGGAACGCAGGACGUGAAAAGUGCUUUCAUGUAUCCCAGUUAUGGUGUGUCACAAUUGACAACAUGACGUGUGGCACAAUGGCUCGAGAGGAUCUGUUUGGUCAAAGCCUUGAGCUCAAAGAGCACCCUGCCCGUGCCAUGUCAACAGAACAACAAGGGAAGAUUCUAGUUGCGUAUGGCGACUCAAUUGUUUGGUGUUUCAAUGUUGAAGAGUGCCAGACGUGUCAAGCCGUCACCGCCGAGUUAUGGCCCAAGGUUCUUAGGUUGGCUUCUAGCAAACGAUCGACGUUGAUCAAGCUUACCAUGAAGCUUGGAACAGCGCCUGAUCCUCCUCCGCGUGCUAUUCUUCGUCCAGAACCCCAUGUGUUGCCCACAACGCAUGGAGGAAAGGGCAAGGUUAAGAUCAAUGAUUUAGUCCACCUACUAGCAUUACCAACAGGAGGUUCCAAGGGUGUCGAUGCCCAGAACAGCGGAUUCGAAUUCUUAGAAGCCCAAUUGAGUGCGGCUGAGUCUUUCUUGAUAAGUGAGACGACUUUGUCGGAGCGCAAAGCAUACAAAGCCUUUGAGGAAACUGGAAGUGAUACCAUAAGACGGGCAUAUCAGGAGAAGGUUGACAUAUUCAAUGCUGCCGACAUCACUUACAGCUUCUUCAUACCCCUGAAUUUUGAUGGUCCUAUGAUCGGCAAGUUCUGGGGGGCUGUUAGAACGCUCAUCGAGCUUCCCUCGACUGAUGGUGAUUUCCUUCGCCCAUCGUUUGAUAACAUCGCCGGAAAUAUUCGAACGUCACUCAGAUACUUGACCCGAGAUCUUUUUGCUCUCCAAAAUAUCCUCGCCUACUCCUCCAAAGAAGAGCGCACAGAGGUUGAACUGCCAACCGAGUUUUCCAAAGCCUGGCUUUAUAUCGUUAUGGCUUUGGUAUAUAGCUCUAAAGAGGAUCUCAAAUGGGAUAGUAGAAUGAAAAGAGCGGAAACGCUCAUUGAUAAAGGGUCAAAGAAGCUUCUCCAAGGGCUUGGCGGGAGAAGCCUGUUGGAUAAAGCUGCCGUGCUGCCGCUUGAGGUUCUUUCGCUUAUCACGAUGGGCUUGCUGCGGGAUCAGGUUGGCAGGUCCGAUGACAUCUGUGACACUUACUCGCAAUACCUUAACUCUCUGGAAAAUGCAAUUACAUCGAAGCCUUCUGACAGAUCAUUCCAACACCGAAUCGAUCUAGUACAACAAGAGUUGAUAUCAGUAAACCGGACACUCGGCAAACAGAGAUUACUCAUCUCACGACUACGAAAAUCUCUGACCGCCAUUGACACUCACGAUAUUGUCAUGAGUCAAUUCGAACAUGAGGCAGCGCUAAAAGAUGCCGAGAGGCAACACAGCAGCAAACGGCACUAUGCAGAGAGUGUCCCGCCACCCCCAACUUAUGUCUCUCACCGAGCAGAUGAUGAUUACUCACGAGUUGCCCCUAUUAGCUAUGCUCAGGAAAUACCGGCGUACGACUACACGGGAGUUGAUGAUGACUUCCUCUUUGACAUGACGUCGACUUCCAAGCUCUCGCCCACAGAUGCAGGCGGUUUGCGUGGUCUUUUCUUUCUCGAGUGUACGCGGCUCAUCGAGCAGCGCGAGUUUGAAUUUCGACGGUUUACUGACUUUUCCAAAGAUCUGGAGCGUGCUAUAGCUUAUAAGGUGGACUUUACACGCGAUCGACAGGAGCGAGCUAUUUAUGCUUUCACUCUUGUCACUAUCAUCUUCUUGCCCAUCAGUGCUGUUUCGAGCAUAUUCGGUAUGAAUACGACUGAUGUUGUCUCUGCCACACCGUCAUACCCCGUCAAACUCAACUGUCGCAAGAUACCCAUCAUGUCGCAAAACGUCGUCUCGAUAGCCUCAAAGGCCCAGUUCGACUCUCUUCUCAAGUCCUCGCGCAUCGUUAUCGCUGACUUCUGGGCCGAGUGGUGCGGUCCUUGCCAGCAGAUCGCUCCUGUCUACGAGAGCCUUGCUGAAGCGCUUUCGCGCCCCAACGUCGUCACCUUCGUCAAGGUCAACAGCGACAGCCAAACCGACCUCUCCCGAGAAUACAGCAUUUCCUCUCUGCCUACAUUCCUCGUCUUCCGAGAUGGAAAGCAAAUCGACAAGGUCCAGGGUGCUGACCCUCAGAAGCUGAAGGGUAUUGCCCAGAAGCUAGUAUCUGAGGUGGAAUCCCUUGGCGAGAGCUCCGGCUCCGGCUCAGGCAGCGGUGGUCCCAGCUGGAAGGGUGCCGAAAUUCCUCGAGGCUACAGCGACAUCACCGACCAAAUAGAGCUGCGAGAUCUCGAGGUUCUUAACGCCGAUGAGGCUGCUGGAGGUGCCCGCGACCUUUUCGACGGCAAAAAGCCAAGCGGGCUUAGCAACGGCAAAGGAACAGCUAAGGAUUACGUUCAAAGCGGUGCCGAUGACCAGCUACUUGUCUUCAUCCCUUUCCAGUCCAUCGUCAAGCUUCACACUCUUCAGGCAAGUCUCACCUCUCUCCCUCCCAAGGACGACGAAGAUGUGAUGCGACCUGGCAACGUUCACCUAUAUAUCAACCGCACCCAUAACCUCGACUUUAGCGAAGCCGACGAUACCGAGCCUACACAGGCCAUCGAGAUUGGCCCUGAGGACUGGAACGAUGAUGGAACAGUCAACCUGAGCCUCCGAUACGUCAAGUUCCAGAAGACAUCAAGUGUUGUCAUUUACGUCCAGCAGGGUGAAGGCGAUGGAGAGACCGUCCGUCUUGACCGAGUGCGACUCAUUGGCGAGGCUGGAGCCAAGCGCGACAUGGGCAAGCUCCAGAAGGUUGGAGACGAAGAAUAA